AGUGGUUCUUAUAAAACACGUACAGGAACUUUCCCAUGUCAGGCGGUACCAACUUACAGUACCGAAAGGAUCAUCUGAAGUGCGCGAGUUUAACAGUGAUUACUUGUGUGAUUUUUUGUGUGGAUUAUCUUUCAAUUCGAACUUCUAUCAAUCAAUAUGACUCUCGUUCAACCCAGCCCUGAACUUCAAAUCAACAUCAGAAAAGAGCUCAAUGAAGACAUCAACACUAGAGAUAGAGAUCUUCAGCAUAUCAAAGAAUGGCUCAUGAAGCAACCUCAUCUUCCUGAUACUUGGGAUGACACCCGUCUCAUGACCUUCUUGAGAGGCUGCAAUUUUUCCUUGGAAAAGUGCAAGAGGAAACUCGAUAUGUACUUUACAAUGAGAGCAGCUAUCCCUGAGUUCUUCACUAAAAGGGACAUGAACCUACCUGAGCUCCAAGCCCUUAGUAAAAUAGGACAAGGGCCACCACUACCUGGUCUAACUCCAGAAGGCAGAAGAGUUACCAUUAUGAGAGGAUUGGACAAGAACAUCGAAACUCCAAAUCUAGGUGACCUCAUGAAGAUUGCCCUCAUGGUAGGUGACAUCCGUCUAGAAGCUGAAGAAGUUGGUGUUGCUGGUGAUGUUUACGUCCUCGACGCUAGUGUUUUAUCCCCUCAGCAUUUCGCUAAAGUCAAUCCUACCAUUGUUAAAAAGUUCCUAGUCUGCGUCCAGGAAGCAUAUCCUGUUAAAUUGAAGGAAGUACAUGUCGUCAAUGCAACUCCUUUGGUUGAUACCGUCAUCAGCUGGGUGAAACCCUUCUUGAAAGAAAAGAUUAGAAACAGAAUUCAUGUACACCAGAACCUUGAAUCCUUGUACAAAUUCGUUCCUCAAGAUGUCCUACCAGAAGAGUAUGGUGGUACUGCUGGAAAGAUGUCCGACUUCAAUGAGCAAUGGAUACAGAAGCUCAAAGACUACACUCCCUGGUUCAAGGCCCAAGAAAGCGUGAAGGCCGAUGAAUCAAAACGUCCUGGAAAACCCACAAACUACGAAGACCUCUUCGGUUUGGACGGCAGCUUCAGACAGCUCACAAUCGACUAGACUAGGUUCGUUCUCAAUCCUGAAUGUAUCGCGACGCUAGAUGCUUCAUACCAAAAAUAUUGAUAGCUUUAUCUGUUUGGAAUUGAAAAUCUAUUAUUUUAGUGUUGAUGCAUUUCUGAUUUUUGUUUGUACCUUCGUGAUUUUUUCUAGUUUAUUUAGUUUUUCUACGUAUUUCGCUCAUCUUGUUCGUUUUUCAUGUUCUCAUUUAUCGUUUUGUAAUAAAAGUGUUCAUCACAAA